AGCACCAUGAAAGGUGCCCUUUUUGCUGGUGUCCUGGUGGCACUCGCUGUCACGGCUGUAGAAUCCCUGAAUUGUACACAGUGUUAUGCACGCGAAGAAGACUGUGUUUCUGAUGUCAUGGAAUGUAAUGACACCAGUGCCCAGAGCUGUGUGGAUUCCUCCGUCAGUUCCACCCUAGGAGGGAACAGCUCACUGUACCGGAACAAGUUCUGCUCGGCACAGAACUGCAGCAGGGACAUGGUGGCCUUUGCUGUGAACGUGUCUGAAAAUCAAAGCUUCCAUUUUGCAAGUCAGUGCUGCCAAGGACAGGCCUGCAAUGGCAGCAGCCACGACCCUGAAUCAGAAAAGAGUGUCACCAACACCCAGUGCAAUGCUUGCUAUGGAUACAACUCAGCAAACUGCACCGAGACAGUACUACAGUGUGGUGAGGGACAACGAUGUGUCCACAUAAUAGCUGACUUUACAAACGGAACUGAAGAGUCUAACACGGUCGAGCUGAAAGGCUGUUCUGGCAUCAGCAACUCUACUUGUGAAUUCCUGUCUGUUGAGAACCAGACAGUUGGAGAAGUCAUUUUCCGAAAGGUUGAAUGUUUAGCAUUCAAUGUCUCUGUAAACUCCACCGAGGUCCCCCCCACUGUAAACUCCACCGAGGUCCCCCCCACUGUAAACUCCACCACGGUCACCAUCACCUCCAGCACAACCUCCAGGACACCCGCCACCAGCAGUUCCCGCACAGGUGCCAACGCCUCUCUCUUCUCCUUGGCCCUCACAGGCCUCCUCCUGCUGAAGCUGCUCUGAGGUCCCUGGGCUCUGCCCCACCUGUCGUCCCGUGGGCGUCAACACCUUCUGUUCUUGUACCUUCCCUUUUAAUUGCUCAGUGGGUUGAAAGUCAUGGGACUUCACAUGAUA